AUGCAGUUCCCGUCAAAAUGGAUGAGUUGCAUUGGAGAUAUACUACAGAAAGCAGGUUUUGAUAAUGACCGUCAGAACGACUUGAUCCAAUACAUUGUUGACUGUGUUGAUGAUAUUAAAGUGAGGCAUGCUAAUGCAGAAGCCCUUGGUACAACCUUAGUACAACCUUAUGAAGUCUACAAAGAACUGUACCGAAUCAAACCAGGAAAGUCAAGUGACCCUGAUGGUAUUCCUACCCGCAUCUUAAAGGAGUAUUCUGGUGAAUUAGCAACCCCGCUGAACUUCAGUCGUGCUUUUGACCGUGUUGAUCACACUGUUCUCAUCAACAAGCUGAUCUCCCUGGAAGUCCGACCGUGGUUAGUUGAAUGGGUCAAAGAGCUGACAAAAGUGAAGCUGCAAGGCGAGUCACCGAAAAAAGAAAUCAAGUUUCCAAACAAGUUGAAUGAUGCCCUUUCCGAAACACGGAGACUACAUGUUUUUGAUGAGCAUUCUUUUAAACAUGAAAACGCCGAUCGCUUCCUAAAGUUUAAAGACGAGAUCUAUGUUAUUGAACAUGGAAACGAAUACUGUAGGCCUAUAACAUGGACUAUCGAUGACGAUGAAGCUUACAUAGUAUUUGAAUACGGAUUUCCACUAAAACUCCUAGAAAUGACCUCUGCACUGGCUCCAUUGUGUGAAAAAGUGGAACAUAUUACCAUUGACUUUGACCACGAUCUGGAUAUUCAAAGGCAUGGAUCAAAACCUUUCAUUCCUAUGAGAUCUGUCCUCACCGUUUGCCUUCGCUCAAUUUUUGCACAACUCCGUGACUCAUUAUGGACCGUCAGCAAGUGUUUUCCAAAUGCAAAGAGUCUUGUGCUGGAUUGCGAAUUAGCAUUAUUUGAAUCCACUUCCAGACACCACUCUGGCAUCCCGCUGUCUUCACUGAGAAGAUUGGAAUUACAUGUACCUAACAAACGUGACCCCGAUACUCUUGACAACCUUUUUGUUUUGCUUUGUUCUUCCUGUCAAAACAUUGAAUUCCUCACCGUCACAAGCUAUAGAACUCUCAAAUGGAAGAAGUCAAGUACAGCCAUUACAGAAUGUAAAUUGAAUUAUCUGACUGAUAUCCAUCUUCAAUCUCAUCGGUCUGGAGAGCACUAUACAUUUCAACUGUUAGCAGACUUACUACAUGUAGGACCUAGUUUGAAAUUUGUCAAAUUAGAAAGUGUACAGCUAGGAGAUGUAGUAUUGGAGAGUGUUGAAUGGUCCAGAACAUCUUCAGAUUGUGGGAUGCAAAUUAAAGGUGCCACAGCGGCUGUACCCAUAACUGACAUAAUUGGUCUUACAACUAGUGACCUUAAAGCGGUAACCGUCUUUACAUUAGUCAGUUGCGAGAUUGAUUUUGGUCAGUCUGGACGUAAGUCUCCGCAAAGUCCGAAGGAACUUGGUACACUUCGGGAAAUCAGGUUCGUUGGUUCAGAAAACCCACUUUCUGAAUCUGAUAGGAACAAGCUUUCGAAGUUGUAUCCUAAUGUCACAGUGACUACGACAGUAAUUCAGGAGAGUCAGGAAUCAUAUGAAGAAUCUCAUGAGGGUGCAGGGAUACCUUCCAAGUUGGAUAAGGCCUCCUUUGAAUCACUCAAAACCUCUGCCAUAGUACCUGAUGACGGAGAUGUCGAAACAACCAACAAGGAGUGCUGCAAGAGAGUUGGAGCCGAUGGUGGUAGACUGCGGCUAGAGUCCUUUGGGAUUGAACUUGAGAUACCUCCUGGUGCAAUCGACAGCAACGAGCCACAUGAAAUUUCUCUACGUGCCCUGAUUCAUACUCCUAAUCUUGGUGACACCAAAGAAGAGAUGUCAGUCUGCUUUGGUGUACAGUGCUUAGCUCCUGAUGACUUACUCCUAAGGUCACCGGUGACUUACACAAUACCUCAUUGCGCUGUUGCAUCACGGUACUCCGGUUUAGAGGCAGUCUUGUAUACAGGAGAGGGGAAAUACUCAUCGCAUGCGGUUGUUAAAGAACGGAAAGUACUGUCAAGGUCUGGAAUACCCAGCUGUAAGAUCAUGAAGGACGUACUCGAACUCAAGAUGGAUCAUUUUUCGUGGGCAAAGAUUAAGAUCAGGAUCACGAACUUCUUCUUCCGCGGAAAGAGGAUGUGCUUUUGGCCGUUUAAACAGAUGAACCUGCCCCUAGCUAAGACACCCGUUAUAUUACAUGCACAUCUAUUGGACGAUGUGAAGGGGAACAAGGAGGUGGAAGAGAAGGAAAAGAAACUAGGAUUCAUUCCUGCUCAUAUCGACGUACUUGUCCUCGUACAGGAGGCAGAAGUUGAUCUUGAAAUGGGAUGUUAUGUCAAGAACGAGCAAAUUGGAGACACUGCUGUCGUAGCAUUCUGCAAACUUAAGAGUUUGACCAGGAUUUGUGAGGACUUUGAACUGGAUCUUGGUAAUCAUCCUGAUAUCGUUGCCGUAUCAAUUAAAGCAGGACAAACCAAGAAACUCGAGGUCAAAUGUUUAUUUGAGUUAGACUUUCACAUUCCUCAGAAAUUAGAAAAGGUUUCGCCACUAGAUUCAGCAAUAGAGCACAGUGCAUCAAGUUCACAGACGCAGCAGACAUCAAUUCAAAUACGAGAGGGGACCAUAGAGAUCAAUCCAGCUCGAGAGAAGGACUUUGAUGACAUUCUAGAAACCGUUGCAGAAAAGUUUGCCUCGCGUCAAGAGAUACAUAAUUUGGGAAAGUCUCUUGGCUUUGGACCAGAGGAUAUCGACCGUUUCGUUGAGGAGAACAUGAAAGAGACAGGAGUGUCCUACAUGGGAACUCUUUCAAUGCUCCGUAAGUGGAGAAAGAAGCAAACAAAGAAUACAGAGCUGAAAGCCUUGCAGACUGCUCUAGAAAAGGCUGGUGAAAUCCAUCUCGCUGAUGUACUAUUUGGUGAAUGAUUGAAUGGACCUCAUGAUUUUUGUGAACUUUGAACUAUGUUGUUCAAUGGAGGAUUAGAUAGAGGCAGUCAGUUGGCAGGUCCUCAAAAAGUAGCUUCUUUUAUCCUAGUGAUAUUCAUGAUUAGAGGGUGUUUGCAUUAUUUUCAUGCAUUAUUUUACUUAUUUCAAGUUGUUGUUUUACACUUAAUUUGUGUUUGAGGCAGAAUGAUCUUUAGAUUAUGAUAAAGCUGAAGAUCUUAGCUUUAAUAUGAUAUUAAAUAUUAGUUUUAUAAGAAGAAGUAUUUUAGAUGGGUCACCAGCCAGCUUUUCAUAGGCCAAGUACAUUUACCAGCUUAUAAAACAAGAAUACUUCACUCCGAUUGGUGAAAGAGACCACACACCCACGCAAAUUCCAACGUUUCCACACUGGUCAUCUGCAAGGUCACACGCACAAUGUGGUAACCUCUUCGAAUUACCCGCGCCUGUUGUUUUAAAAACAUUAUUCACCCAAUCAGAACUCUGGAUUUUAUGCUACUCAGAAAUUCCAGAAAUUUCCUCUCGUAUCUUGAUGGAAAAGGUUGGUGCUGACCCAUCUAAAAGGUGCCACAUAUACAGAGGAAGAAAAUUCCGUUUGAGGCGUAUAUUCAGGCCUGAAAUUCACUUAUCAAAUUAUUUUAUUCAAAAGAAACAACCAAUGUAAAAGAGUAACAAGAACGCUUUCCUAUGGUACAAUUUUAUUUGAGUAGAAAGUGGUUAAACUCUUUCAGAUUUGAAGUCUCACAAUUCACGAGAUUGUGCAGGAAUACCUUGCUCAUUUGCUUACUAUCAUAGGGAAAGAAACAGAUAGAAUGAGAGAAAGAUAAACAAGAUGAGUUUAAUAUGACGUUUGUAGCUGAGAAGGGGUGUGCGAACAUGCACGGAUGAGGAUGUGUCUGUGUGUGUAAGAUCAAAUGUUAUUGAUUCGUUGUGUUUAUGCGAGUAUGUGAGGGUGGGUGUGUGCGUGUGUGUGUAAAGGCGUGCAUAUUUUAAUUCACGCAGCUGAUUGCAAGGUUUUUAUUUGCAUUUUAUGUAUUGUAUUAUAGGGUCAAUGCAGUUCAUUGAAAUAAUCUGAUCUGAAGUUUAUUAAUAUGUAUUUGAUUGUGUUAACGAAA